GCAACAAGGCUCUAAGGGUUGAACCUAGGCUAAGUGGCCAAGCAGAGCCGGGGGGGGGCCACAGCACCACAGGUAAGCCAGGCUGAGGAGUAGCAGGUGGAAGUGAUUUAGAGGGGAUGCACAUGCUGUAUUGACCCAGGCAGAGAGAGGACGAGCGGUGAACGGAGACUAGGCUACAGUCCACUGAUCACACAGCCAUUUCAUGAGAGUAUCCAGGAUGUUGUCAUCGUCAUCGACAAGGGGAAGGUAUGGUCCGGUGGUCCUCCACAGAGUGUGAUAUCCGUCUCCUGCAGGCAGAAGGGGCCUCCUGAUCGGACGUGACCAGCUCCUUCCGGGUGGUCCACCUGGAGGUCCUCUGUGAUGGCUCAUCCAGGAGAAGACCCCCACCUGGGCGCCGGCCCGUCUGAGGACUCAGAACUCUCUGAGAAUGAGUCCGAAACGGCCAGCUUGGUGUCGGAGGACUCCAUCAUGCCAGACUAUGAGAUGGAGCGCGGUGGAGGUGGGACCACCUCGACGCUGUACGAGGCGUGUGACAGGAACGAGGCGCUCACGCUACGCAAGAUUCUGGAGAGAGGGGUUACUAAGGAAGAGGUCAUGGAGCUGGACAUUAAUGGCAGGAACGGCCUGAUGUUGGCAGUCUCCAGAGGUUAUAUAGACAUAGUGUAUGGACUACACACGUGUCCUCUGAUAGACAUCAACCAUCAGGACAGCGAAGGCAACACUGCGCUGAUGAUCGCCGCCCAGGCCGGCUUCAUAUCCAUCCUGAAUUUCAUCUUGAACUAUUACCCGAAGGUAGACCUGGAGAUGAGGGACAUGAGAGGCUUUACUGCCCUCAUCAAGGCAGCCAUGCAGGGCAGGGAGGACUGUGUAUCUUCCCUCAUCAUGGCCGGGGCCAACAUCAAUGUAGUGGAUGAGGUCCGAGGGAAAGGCAUCCGGGACUGGGCCAUGGUGACAGGACGCUUCGAGGUCCUUCAGCGUCUCCGCGUCCUCCAGGCACGCCCCAUUGCCGAACAGUUCUGCGACAGCUACACGAUGGAGUGGCCGGAACUGGAGAAGUUGGUUGCAAAAGCCAUGGGCCCCAAGACCCUGACUCAACGCCUGAGGGACAACCUGACCAUAAGCUUCCCCAAGGACCCUCAGGACAACGGGGUGAUGGACCACAUGGUGAGGAUGACCACCUCCAUCCACAGCCCUCUGGUGUCCACGGGCUGCCGGCCCCUCUGCCCCACCAGUCCCCCCGAGGUCGGGAAGCGACGCCUGGCUGUGCCGGAGCUUAUGGAGAGACACGGCAGCAAAGAUUUGGAGGAGAGCUCAGUGUGUCACAGUAACGGUGUGAAGUGUUCAUUCACGCCGACGCCGGCGCCGUCACGCUCCCUCUCGUUGGCCAACUGCUGCUCUAACACGGAGAGGAGGGGGAGUGUCCUCUCAACGGCCUCCAACACCGCCCGGAACUUCCUCCCGCGUUCCUUGGCACAUCGGAACUCGGUAUUCCCGUCCAGCUGUAUUCCCAAGAUCACCUACACCAAGUCCCCAAACAAAACCCCCAAGAAGGCAAAGAAGAAGAAGAUGCACAAGGGCUACCUGGAGCCGCCUGUCUGGAAGUACAAGUCUGACAAGCAGGAGAAGAAGAUGGAGAAAGAGAGGUUGGAGGAGGAGAAGCAAACGAAAGAAAAGGCCAUUAAAAAGGCAAAGAAGAAGGCAGCAAAGGCCAAGGAUUCCGCUAAGGCAAGUUAAACUGUCUGGACAGAACUCAGGGAGAAUAGACCUGCCUCUGUCCUGUCAUCGCCACACUGACAACAUAGGGUCCACUGUGAUGAUGUCAUAGAAGAGGGACGAAGGGAUGUCUCCCUUGUGGUGGCCUGGGGUCAUCAUGGAAGCCCAUUUGCAUUCAUCCAGUGGGACCUCCAAUAACAUGGGUUGAAAAAGCAUCUGAGCUGGACUAAAGCUGUUGGACAGUUCUUCCUUUCAACCGAGAUAGACUGCUGUAAGGAAUGCAAUGGGCUGGACAUUCAAAGGCUUUAUUAUUCCUGUAUCUUCCAGGUGGAAUACAAGUUUUCAAUGCUAUCUUGUUUUGUGGCUUUUUUAUGUGUGCGUGUGUGUGCAUGUGUGCGUGUGUGUGCGCGCGCACAUGCAUGUGUGUGUGUGCUUGUAUUUCCAAUAAGUAAAGUCUUUCUAAUUAAGUACACAUGAGUUGACAAUGAUUAUGGAUGAAUCUGCUGUUGGAUAUACCUCACAUAUACACCUUCCGCUAACCCUCGAACCAUGGUCUUUACUAUGUACUCCAAUCAGCGUCCUCCAAAAGGUGUCAAUUUCACACUUAGCCUGGAGACGACUUUUGCGGCAGAGGCAAUGUUUUUUUUUUUUAUCAAAGGUAUUUGUGUACUAUCAGGGAUCACUUCACCUGAGGGAUCAGUCUCAGAUAUGUGGAGACAUGCCAGGUUGGACUGAGUGGCUUGUUACGUUGCCCGAACUUCCUCAGUUAGAAGUCUUACAUGACAGAAAUGUUGUUGGCUGAUCCAGCUUAAUGUGAGCUGAAAUGUGGAGUACGUUAUUGAGUGGGAUUCACCUUCUGUCAUAAUAAUGGAUGACGGUUGUUAUUUUUAAGUACCAGAAAGACAUUGAAAUGGAGGGGAUGUGUAGUGACUUCUGCCAGUGAAAGCCAAUGACCCAUCAGAAACAGCUUCUACCUUAUAAAAACAUACAAGAACAUUAUGUAUGUAUGCUAUUUCAAAACCAAACAUUAAAAUAUUUCAGCAACACAACAGCCAUGUAGUGGUGAGUAAUAAUCCCCCCCCAAGCCCAUUUAUUUACCCAAAGCCACGGUAGCCUCUUCCACUCUGAGCUCACUGAGCUUGUUAACUGGAGCUAUUAUGGUAGCAGCCAGAACGGGGCCUAACCACACGGCCUGAGUAAAUCUAGGGGGCGGUGACCAUAGGCAAAGGCGUAAUAAUCACUGCAUGCGACACACAUAAGAGGGAUGCAUUAGAGCUUGCUGGGGUGAGUGGAGUUGAAGGCCUAGGUGCUUUUAUCUUACUGAACCGUUAUUUAAACAGGUAAGUGAAUUGUCAACGAUGACCUGGCCAAAGGCAUUCCAUUGUAAGACAACAAGACAACACACAGAACAACAUGAAUAUUAUAUAUACAAAAUAUACCAAUGAACACUAAAUACAAGGGAAUGGACACAGAAGAUAUUACAUCUAAACACCUGAGAGACAUACAGAUAGAUCUGACAGAUUCACCAGGUGCAAAGAUGAGGUAGCGGCUUGGUUUUUAGUUUAUUUCUGAGUGAAGUAUGAUUUGAACAUGAAGCUUAAGAUUUUGCAUUUCCUGGUGGCAUGAACUAUACCUGUAGUUGCUGUUUGAUACAUGUAAUGUACCUGUAACUGCUGUUAGAUACAUGUAAUGUAUCUGUAACUGCUGUUAGAUACAUGUACUUUAUCUGUAACUGCUGUUAGAUACAUGUACUUUAUCUGUAACUGCAGUUAUAUACAUGAACUGUAUCUGUAACUGCUGUUAGAUACAUGUACUGUACCUGUAACUGCUGUUAGAUACAUGUACUGUAUCUGUAACUGCUGUUUGAUACAUGUAUUGUAUCUGUAACUCAUGUUAGAUACUGUAGAAAUGUUUGAUUUAGAUUGGACUUGGGAUCACUGGAAGUAAAGUCCUAGCUGCCUAUAA